AUGGAUUUUCCUGGACAAACACCAAAUGUUGCCAUAGAUCUAAACGAUGCUGGAUUCUACUCAUCGGACUUUCAAACAUCAACCGAUUCGGGACAAAUGGCAACCUCACCAACCGGUCAAAUCUCGGCCAACGCAUAUCGUCGAGCAAAUGUCGGCUCAGCCGGCAAAGUUUUGGAGAAUAAUGGAUUCGGAUGGUUGUUGGAAGUGAAUGAGGAUGAAGGAGAUCAAAUACCACUUUUGUAAGUUUUUCAAGGAGAAAAUUAUCAAAAAUAAAUGAAUUCAGAGAAGAAUUGGACAUUGAUUUGACCGAUAUCUACUAUAAAAUUCGAUGCGUUUUGCUGCCUCUUCCAUAUUUUCGAAUGAAAUUGAAUAUUGUUCGAGAAUCUCCAGAUUUCUGGGGACCACUUGCAGUUGUUUUAUCAUUCGCGUUAUUGUCAUUAUACGGGCAAUUAGGGGUGAGUAGUUUGUGAAACAUUGAAAAUUUCGGAAAUAUCUUCCAGGUUGUCUCUUGGAUUAUAACAAUGUGGUUUUGCGGUGGAUUUAUGGUAUAUUUCAUAGCUCGUGCACUUGGCGGUGAUGUUGGAUAUUCUCAAGUUCUCGGAAUCGUUGGCUAUUGUCUAAUCCCACUUGUUGUCACAUCACUUCUUACACCAAUCGUUUCAUCUUUCCGAUUUUUGUCGAAUUUUUUGGGAAUUUUCGGAACUGUUUGGAGUGUUUAUAGUGCUGGAACUCUUCUUUGUGUUGACGAAUUGCAAUCCAAAAAACCGCUCAUUGUUUAUCCCGUUUUUCUUUUGUAUGUUUAUUUUUACUCUCUUUAUUCGGGUGUUUAG